AUACAGUGAGUGACCGAAGAGUUGUCGAGAAUCAGACAGACUUUGACUGCUGAGUGAGUUGGAUUUCUUUGGAAUUCUUAAGAGAAUUGCAGGUGGCUGAAGAACUUCACUGAACUCAGAUUAAUUCUUCAUUAAAACACAACUUUAAAAAGGACAAUUAUGGCCAACUCUGGGUUUCAGCUUCUGGGCUAUUUUCUCGCUUUGGGUGGAUGGAUUGGCAUCAUCUCCACGACGGUGCUGCCCCAAUGGAAGCAGUCCUCUUAUGCAGGGGACGCCAUCAUUAUGGCUGUGGGCUUGUAUGAAGGCCUGUGGAUGUCCUGUGCAUCUCAGAGCACGGGCCAGGUGCAGUGCAAGAUCUUUGACUCCUUGCUCUCUCUGGAUGUCCAUAUUCAGACGUGUCGAGCUCUGAUGGUGAUCUCAGUGCUAAUGGGAUUCAUUGCUAUCAUUGUGAGUGUGGUCGGGAUGAAAUGCACAAAGGUUGGUGACAACAACCCAUCCACCAAGAGCAAGAUCGCCAUCUCUGGUGGGAGUCUGUUCCUGCUCUCAGGUUUGUGUACGCUGGUGGCUGUGUCCUGGUACGCCACACAGGUCUCUUACCAUUUCUUCGACCCAAAUACACCAAUAAAUGCCAGGUAUGAGUUUGGCCCCGCCCUCUUUGUUGGGUGGGCGGCGGCCAUCCUUAUGAUGUUGGGCGGCUCAUUCCUGUGCUGCUCUUGUGUUAAUGAGGACAGAAGAGGACAGCAGUUCUACCGGCAAUCUCAACCCUCUACAGCCAGGGAGGAUGAGUUGUUGAGUGAGACUAGUUUCCCUGACUGACCAUCCCUCCUUGCAUUUAUUCGAGGACUGUCUGAGCUCCACUCUCUGUAUCUGUGUCCCUCACUCCCACCUAGAAUCCAAAUUUGGACACUUGUCUGUAUGAUUGGACAAAUGUCCCUUCUACACCCUAUAUACUUAAAAUCUAUGUGCCUUUUUUUCAACAUCUGAUCAAUAAAUAUGUUUGAAAAACUGUCCGCCCAUAUCUGUUGUGUGCAUGGCCCCCAAAACUUUAGAACCCUUUGUUUGUGAUCAAUAAACCAUCUUUGUAAAUAUGUAUUAUUGUAGUAUGUAUGUGAAAAAAAAAAAAAACCUACAAAGCAUGGACUGUUUCACUGUAAUACAUCUGAAACGGUGGUGCUUUCCGUUUUCUUUGUAACUCAAACAUGUUUUGUUUUUUCUUUUAAAUUGCAGAGCAAAUGUUAAAAGUUCUCCACCAGAGAAAGGGGAGCAGUACUUGUAGUUUGGGACAGGGCGACUUCGUGGGUCACAAGCUGUUAGAUUUUGGCAACAGACAAGACACUCUUUCGGUAAAAAAAGUGAAGAACUCUAGUAAAAAACUAAUGCUAUAUUUAGAAAGGCAGCUGACAUGUUUCCCUGUAAGACAGAGGUUCAUUAAGCCAAGCAAUGCAUUUCCAAACUAAAUGACUUUGUACUGUAGUGUAAAAACAAAUGUCAGAAAUUUGAUGAGGAGUGAGCCACAACAGCAUGAUCGCAACUUGUGCGACAAAUAUGCCAUUUUUGUUACAGAUGGAGCUUGUUAUUCUUGCCGAAAAACUAUAUCACUCAUUUGGAGAGCUUGAUUCAGGGUACAUUAUAAUGCAUUUAAAUAAUUAUGCAAAUCUUCAACAUGUACAGUGUAAUAUACUUUGCUAUAACUGUGUUUUGACUCACAAAUGUCUUUUAGUUUGAUAAUAGUUUUCUGCCUUGGCGUAUGUGAGAUGGAUCUUUUACCCGUGGUAAAAUCAAUUGUUUGUUUCUUUUUUUGUUCAUAAAAUGUAUAGUACAUAAACUUUAAGGGGUUUGUCGCUGUUGAGUUUGCUUCAAAAAAACACCCAUGCGACAGAUACAAUUAAAUCUCUUGUAAUCUCUCUAGUGCACUUAUGAUUUGUCUAGGUGAAUUGUAUUCAGCCUGCAUUGAAAGGCACUGUUUAUCACAAAUAAUGUCUUUAAAGUUGUCGUGGAGUCUGUAGGUUGUCAUUAGAAAUGUUUUAGUUCAUGUUCCACCAAUUAUGUUACCUAAUAUUCAACUAUGUAUCAUCUCAUAUGACGUAUCAAGCUUUCUGUUUAUCUGUUUUAAAAUAAAAUAAUCUAUACAAAGAUGUA